AUGCAGGAUAUUGUCACUCUGAAUGAGACUGUCAGUUACUCCAGAGACUUGGCCCUAGGUAUGAUCUUCUUACAUCAGACUAUAGUUGGAUUCCUGGGGAACCUCCUUCUCUGCUAUUACAAUUUCCAUUGUUUCAUGAAAGGUGAAGCCAGGCCUACAGAUCUGAUUGUCCAUCACCUGACUGUGGCCAACUUUUUGGUUAUACUCACUAAAGGAGUACCACAGACCAUGGCUGCUUUGGGUAUGAAACAUUUCUUCAAUAAUGCAGGCUGCAAACUUGUCUUUUACGUCCACAGAGUGGCCCGGGGUAUGUGCAUUGGUAGCACCUGCUUCUUGAGUGUCUUCCAGGCCAUCACCAUAAGCCCCAUGACUUCCAGAUGGAAGGAAGUGAAAUGGCAAGUUUCAGAGCACUUGGGGACCUCCAACAUCUUGAUUUUGUGUUGGGUAGUGAACAUCGUGCAAUAUGUCAGUGUUCCAAUGCAUGUCACCAGCAAGCAGAAUCACAUGGAGAAAAUGGAUUUUGAAUACUGUGAGGUAGUUGGUAACAGAGUCACAUAUCCACUACAUCUCAUAUUGUGGUCAUCCUAUGAUGUGCUGUGUUUGGGGCUCAUGCUCUGGUCCAGUGGCUCCAUGAUCUUUAUCCUGUACAGGCACAAGCAUCGUGUUCAACACAUCCACAGAAACAACUACUCAUCCAGAUUCUCCCCUGAGUCCAGAGCCACCCAAGGCAUCCUUGCCUUAGUGAGCACCUUUGUACCAUCUUAUAUCCUUUCCUCUGUCUUUUCAUUAAUCUUGGCUCUUUUUAAUGGUUCCAGUUUGUGGCUGGUGAAGAUUUCUGUUCUAAUGGCUGCUUUUUUUCCUACAGCCAGUCCUUUCAUUCUUAUGUCUGGCAACCGCAGGUUCUGCAUGUUCAUCUCCGCCUGCUUUGGAAAGAAUGUAUGCUUCUUUAGACUGGUCAGAUAG